AUGGUGGAUUUUAUUAAGGAUGGUAAUAGUUUCUCAGGAAAUACUCAUUGUAGGGUUAAGGAUGGAAAGAACGCUGCUUUUUGGUAUAACAAGUGGGUAGGUAAGCAAUCGUUGAAGGAUCCAUUCCAUGAACUGUUUGCAUCGACUAUUGAUCCUUUUUGUAGUGUCGUUGAUGCAGGGCAAUGGUCUUCAGCUGCACCAGUUUCGGUUGAGGUGAGAAGUAGAGUAAAUAUUGUGUGGAAAAUUUCGGCCCCUUCGAACGUCUUAAUGUUCGGUUGGCGUUGGAUUCUAAACGGGCUUCCUACUCGAGAUCAACUCAUGAAAAGGAGGAUUUUGUGCGAUGACAGAGACAAAUGUUGUGUGUUUUGCUUUAAGAUUGAUGAAUCGAAACAACAUGUUUUUGACAAUUGUGAUUUCAGCUGGAGAAUUUGGACAACAAUCGCUUCUUGGUUAGGUCUAGCUUUUGAGUUGUCAACAGAGGAUUUAUCUCCGUUCCCGUUCAAGUACCAUUUGAUGAAGGUGUCAGAGGAACGUAGAUUUGUUAGCGUUAUUUGGUUGGUGGUUGUUUGGAAUAUUUGGCUGGUGCGUAAUGUUGUGAUGCUCAAAGAAAAUAUUUCGAAGUUUGAGGAGUGUCGGUCGAGUGCUAUGUUUAAAUCGUGGGAAUGA